AUAAAUGUCCGCUGAAUGCAACGGUAAAGUUAUAGUUUAAAUACGAUUUUUAGUUUUUUAAUUAUAAUUUUUUUAAGUAAAUAAAGUCGAGUAUGUCCCUGUCUAAUGCUGGUUAAUUUUAUUAUACUCCGAGACAGCCUUGAAUUUGACCGCCACGCAGUCUGAUGGAGAAAUUAGUGUGCGAUUUUUUAUUGAACCAAUUUUUAUACAGGCGACCAGUAGGUUUGGCCUCCUUAUCUCUAGCCUUCAUAGUGAGUGAUAAUCCGCUUAUCAAUCAUGUUAUCUAUUCUUCGAAUGGAGGGAAAAUACUAAUUUAAUAAUAAAUAAUGUAAAUUCUUAGAUUUUUGAAAAGUUUAGAAUGUUUGGAUAGUUGAGAUAAAAUAAUCUAGAUUACAAUAGUUGAUUAUUAAAAUUAAAUUUUUUUUAAAUUUUAUGCAUUCAGUGGCUUAGUGGUUAGGUAUAUGACAUUUUUGUGGUGUGUUAAAUAAUUUAAUAUUUGUGGUUUAAAAGGUAUUAUCCUUGCGGUACCUAACUACCUAACGAUUACAGUUUAUUCAAUGAUGCAGUUGUUUAAAAUAUUAUAUUCAAACAAUCCUAAUAAGUUUUCAAUACAGGAUCCAAGUUUUUAAUCGUUGAAUGAUAUUACACCAACGUUCUAUUAUUAUUUAAUUUUAUACUGUCAGUUUUUUCUCAUGGAACAUUUGCUGGACGAUUCUUUUUGACACAUUGAAACGCCUUUAGAAGUACAAUUCAACUAAAUGUAUUGUCAGAAUAUUAAGUAAACACUAGAUAUUUGAAAUUCAAUUUAAAGUAGUUCAAAGUUAAAAGAUAUAACAUGUCAAGUUUAACUGAUGAACAGCGUAAAAUGAUUGAAGCGAAUAGAAAAGCUGCACAGGCCAAAUUAGCAGCUAAAUUGGCGCUUAAAAAUACACCUCAGCAAGCUAUGAGUAAUAAUAAUCAAUGUACAUUAUCAAAAACUGUAUCGGUUGUAUCGCCAUCACCUAAUGGAAAAUCUGUCCGUAUGAAUUAUAAUCAUAGUCUGCAGAAUUCUAAGUCUAAACCUGUCCGUGGUUCUUGUGAAAUUACAUCAAAAGAACGGUUUACUGUACAUGUUACCUAUCAUCAACAAUUAAUUGAUACUUUUAAAACAAUUUCAAGUAAAAGUUAUGAUCCAAAAACAUCAGAAUGGUCAUUCCUAAUAAAAGACCAUGAUCAGCUUAUGAUAAGUAUCAAACCUCUUGAGCCUAAUGUCAAAAUAGAAAAGUUACCAUAUUUUGUUUUAAAACUGUUUAAGACUAAAAAUAUUGAAACACAUUGGUCAAAAAUUGACAUAAGUAGUAUUGGUGAUGACAUGGUAGAUAAUCUUUAUCCAUUUCAAAAACUUGGAGUUCAGUUUGGAGUAUCUAAAAAAGGUCGCUGUAUUAUUGCAGAUGAUAUGGGCUUAGGAAAGACCAUACAAGCUAUUGGAAUUGUAAAAUAUUACUCAGAUAAUUUUCCUUUACUCAUUGUUUGUCCUUCAAGCAUGAGGUACACAUGGGAAGAAGAAAUUCGUUUAAGGAUGUCAAAUGUUCCUGUAACUGGGAUUUAUGUAUUAUCUAAAACAAAUGAACAAUUUAUUGAUCCAGCUGUUGUUAUAACUUCAUAUGAUUUAAUGACCAGAAGAAAAGAUAUGCUUUUAAAAUUUAAAUUUGGGAUUGUUGUAUUUGAUGAAAGCCACAGUUUAAAAAGUGAAAAAUCGGCCCGGACAAAAGCUGCACUUUCUUUUGCAAUGCAAAGUAAGCAGUGUAUAUUGUUAAGUGGUACGCCUGCUUUAUCAAGACCGAUUGAACUCUAUAGUCAGAUUAAAGCAAUAACACAAAAUAAUUUCAUGACUCCGAUAGAAUUUGGUAUUCGUUACUGCAACGGACGAGAAACAAAUUAUGGCUGGGACUUUACAGGUGCUACUAAUAUGAAAGAGUUAAAAACAAUUCUAGAAACUCAAUUCAUGAUCCGUCGUUUAAAAAGUGAAGUAUUAAAGCAGUUACCCCAAAAAAUUAGGAAUGUAGUCAUUUUAAAACCAGAAACUAUCAAAGCUCGGAAUCAAAGCAUGGAUGAUUUGGAAACCAUGAUGAACAAUAAAUCCCUCAAUAAAAUGGAAGUUCGUGGUGCUUUAUUAAAAUAUUUUAAUCAUACAGGAGAAGUCAAAUUGAGUGCUAUUUGUGAUUAUAUUCUAAAUUUGCUUAAAGAAGGAAAGAAAUUUUUAGUAUUUGCUCAUCAUCAAAAGGUUAUUAAUGGUAUAUGUGAUGCAUUAGAGAACAAUGAAACUUAUUACAUUCGAAUUGAUGGUAAAACGUCAUCAGAAGAAAGAAAAUGUGUGUGUGACCAAUUCCAAAGUGAAGAUAUGUAUAGGGUAGCCGUUCUUUCAAUUUGUGCAGCAAAUUCUGGUAUUACUCUAACUGCUGCAAAUCUUGUUGUAUUUGCUGAACUUUACUGGAAUCCUGGUAUAUUAACGCAAGCUGAAGACCGAGCUCAUCGUAUUGGUCAAGCAGAAACGGUAACCAUACAAUAUCUUUUGGCAAAAGGUACAGCCGAUGAUCAUAUUUGGCCAUUGAUCCAGACCAAAUUAAAUGUUUUAAACAAAGCCGGUCUUAGUAAGGACAACUUUAAAGAUGACAGCACUACAGUUGUUAAUUGUUCUACUAAAUCCAACCAAAUGAACAUUCUCGAUUUCUUAAAUGCCGAUAAUGAUGAACUAGAUGAGAAUGAUUUGAAAAUGUUGGAUGAAGUUGAAGAGUCACAAUGCAAACGUCCACGCAAACGUUAAAUUAUUUUUAGUACAAAAAAUGAUUUUUAUAUUAAUUUUUCAAUCCAAGUAAAUAAAAAAAUGAUAUCAUUAAAUGUUGAUUAUUUAUGUACAAAAUGAAUGUACAUGUACUUACCUAGUGAAUAAAAAUAAUUUUGUUAAAAUAU